AGUAAAUUUACCAUCAAUACACUUUUACAAAAUAUAGUCAUUUUUAAUUGAUUUAAAUAAUUGAAUUCACAUGUCCUCAAUAUUCAGAAUACAUCUUUUUACUGAUGAUUUGUUCAACGGAUUGAGGGCGGGGCGACCUGUCAUGUGCAUGAGGACAAAGUAGUAUAGCCAAUAAUCAAGAAAAAAAAAUCUGAUGGACCAGGCCAAUUCCUGCCCUAGCAUACAGUUUUUUUUUUCUCGUCAGAUAAGUUGCAAAACUUUAAAGUUAUUGUUUUAAUUUGCUGUAUUUUAUUCAGCUGCACCGACAUAAUGCACAUUUAUGUAACCAGAAGUUUAAGCUAUGAAAACAGAAUGGAGGAGCAACAGUAUGACAUCACUGCUGCAAAGUGAAAGUGAAAGUGAACUGACAACAACGCCCUGAAAACUGAUUAAAACAACUGAAGAGAAAGCAAAUAAGACAACAGUUGACACUCGCUCACAUUGAUUUGUCCAAUAGUUGAAAAGACCAAUGGCAGAAACUUUACCAACAUCACCAAAUAAAGCUCUGUCAGAGGAGCUCCAGUGCUCAAUCUGUCUGGAUGCGUUCACUGAUCCAGUCAGCACUCCAUGUGGACACAACUUCUGUAAGAGCUGCCUGAACCAGUACUGGAACAACAGCCAGACCUACAACUGUCCAUUAUGUAAAGAAACAUUCAAUAACAGACCAGAGCUCAAGAUCAACACAACACUCAGGCAGCUUGUGCAGGUGUUUAGGCAAAAUGAAAAUAAAUCUGAAGUUCUCUGUGAUAUUUGUGAUAGUGUUAAGAAGAAAGCCCUAAAGAUAUGUCUGCUGUGUCAAAACUCUUACUGUCAAACUCACCUAGAUCUUCAUCAGAAAGUUACAAAUUUAAAACACAAAUUAAUUGAUCCUGUGUUGAAUCUUGAGAACUAUAUAUGUCAGAAACAUGAGAAACCUCUGGAGCUGUUCUGUAAAGAUGAUCAGACAUGUGUGUGUUUGCUCUGCGCUGUGACAAAUCACAGGAAUCACAACACUGUUGCUGUAGAAGAGGAGAGUAAAGAGAGGAAGCCUCUGAUUAUGAAGAUGAAGACAGAUAUGCAGCAGAUGAUCCAGUACAGAAAGAAGACAAUUCAAGACAUUAAACAGUCAGCAACACUUAGAAAAGAGACAUCAGAGAAAGAGAAGGCUGAGAGCACUGAGCUCUUUGCUGAUCUGAUGCGCUGCAUUGAGCGAUGUCAGUCUGAGCUGCUGGAGAUGAUGGAGCAGAGGCAGAAAGCAGCAGAGAAGCAGGCUGAAGAGCUGAUUAAAGAUCUGGAGCAGGAGAUCACUGAGCUGAAGAGGAGAGACGCUGAGCUGGAGCAGAUCUUAGAGACUGAGGAUCACCUGCACCUCCUACAGAUUUACCCAGAGCUGAGCGAACCUCCACACACCAGCAGCUGGACUGAAGUCAGUAUCAGUGACACUCAGCUGAGUGUGGAAACUCUGAAGAAAACUCUCACUCAGCUGCAGGACACUCUCAAUGACAAACUCUGCUCAAGUGUGCUCAAGAGGAUACAUCAAUAUGCAGUGGAUAUAACUAUGGAUCCUGAAACAGCCCAUCCCAAUCUAAUUCUCUCUGAUGAUGGAAAACAAGUGACAAAUGGUGACAUCAAGCUUGAACUCCCAGACAACCCAGAGCGGUUUAGCACUUGUUGCUGUGUCCUGGCCAAAGAGGGAUUCAACUCGGGGAGAUUUUAUUUUGAAGUGCAGGUAAAACAAAAGACUGACUGGGAUUUAGGAGUGGUCAGAGGAUCAGCUAACAGGAAGGGAAAGAUCACAGAGGCUCCUGAGGAUGGAUACUGGGCUGUAGCUUUUAGGAAAGGAAAUCAAUAUCAGGUGUUUAAGUCUCCCACUGUCUCUCUGUCUCUGAGAGUGAAGCCUCAGGUUGUGGGUGUGUUUGUGGAUUAUGAAGAGGGUUUGGUCUCCUUUUAUGAUGUGGAGUCCGGGUGUCAUAUUUACUCUUUCACUGGUCAGACUUUCACUGAGAAACUUUUCCCAUACUUUAGUCCUGGAAAUGCACACAAAGGUAAAAAUGCAGCACCAAUGAUUAUCUCACAUAUCAGAAAAAGUGAAUGAUUUUACAUUCUAAAUAUGAAAAUAAAAAAUAUGAAUGCUUAUUUGAACACUUUUAUGUUAGAACAUCACAUCAGCACAAUUUCUUAAAGGUAUAGUAAUGAAUAUUUACUGAAUAUUAACUUACCCUUACGUGGUUCCAAGAAUUUAUGAGCUUUUUUCUUUCUGUUAAACGCAAAAGAUUUUUUGAAGAAAGUUGAAAACCUGAAUCCAUUGAUUUCCAAUGCUAUGAAGUCAAUGGUUACAGGUUUCUAGCUUUCUUCAAAAUAUCGUGUGUUGAACAAACUAAAUAUACUCAAACAGUUGUGAAACAGAGUGAACUAUAACUUUAAACUUUUGUUUUCUUGCAUUAAAACAUGUCUGUAAAUACUGGUAUAUUUUUUUAAUACAUGAUUUGCUUACAGGA